AAAGAAAUUGUACCAAAAGUGUAAUCGCUGCCCCCCCGGGGAUCAAAAUCGAGUGCACCUUUUCUUUGCUGGGCGCGUCCUUACGUAGCUGCGUCACUCCGCUCUCUUCUUUCCCGGUGCGUUCACGGCUUCUGCGAUCAACUCACAGAAAUCAUGGUAAGCGAACCUCUUUGUUCCGUUUAUAAAACAUUUUAUUUGACGACAUGAUUGUAACCGUUAACCGUACACUGAGUAAAAGCAACGUGAUCGUAAACUUGCAGUAUCUUGCAUGAAUAUGGGUUUUGUUCAUUUCUUUAAUUCUGACGGAUGAAACAUUGACAGUGGGGAAGCACAUGGGCCCUGGACGCAGCAAACUAGCUAGCAUGCUAAGUUAGCCGGUUAGCUAGUAGCGUCAUGUGGUAAUUUUUAUGUGGAUGGCAUUAAGUGAUCAACAAAAAAACCAAUCCUGGUAUUAGUCGAUGUAGAAACAAUUAAUUUUCACCUUAAACUGGAUAAGCUUUGAAUGAACGUAGCAGUAGAAACGACGUUUUAUAUUUUUUUUAACAAACUGGCAACUUGCUAUGGGGUGGAGCUAACUAACUAAGCUACAUUGUCUCACGUCUGUAUCCCUGGAGUUGUAGUUAGUUAGCUAGCUAGUUGUUGGGCUUGGCCAUCUAACAUUAGUAUGACGCACCAGAUUUCAACGUGUUCAUGUUCUUGCACAAUGACACAAUAAUGAAGGCUACAUGGCUAGCUAUACCGUUUGUCAAAAUGCAGUUAGCUUGGGCCAUAAAGCUUCUAGCGCUUUCUUAGGAGAAGUGGGUGGAGUCAGCAACUGGUCCUUGUUACAGCCUUAGCCCAAUGCUACAGCCUUAGCCCAAUGCUACAGCCUUAGCCCAAUGCUACAGCCUUAGCCCAAUGCUACAGCCUUAGCCCAAUGCUACAGCCUUAGCCCAAUGCUACAGCCUUAGCCCAAUGCUACAGCCUUAGCCCAAUGCUACAGCCUUAGCCCAAUGCUACAGCCUUAGCCCAAUGCUACAGCCUUAGCCCAAUGCUACAGCCUUAGCCCAAUGCUACAGCCUUAGCCCAAUGCUACAGCCUUAGCCCAAUGCUACAGCCUUAGCCCAAUGCUACAGCCUUAGCCCAAUGCUACAGCCUUAGCCCAAUGCUACAGCCUUAGCCCAAUGCUACAGCCUUAGCCCAAUGCUACAGCCUUAGCCCAAUGCUACAGCCUUAGCCCAAUGCUACCAACCGUCUGUUGUUCAUCCAUCCAAGUGCAUCUAUGACCGUGUAUGGUCGGCGAUGUACAUUUUUGACUUUGAUAAUAAGGCACGUUGUUGCUUUCCCUCCCCAGAUUUGAUACAUAUGUAAGCAUGAGUCUAGACAUUUCAAUGUAUAAUUCACAAAACCUGUCACAUUAUGUCAGCAGCCCUUGGCUUCUUACACAUGUUCUACAUCUUGACACUACCAUGAUUAUGGAUAUUUCUGUGACCUAUAAUGAAUUGUCCUAGAUAUUGUCAAAUCAAAACAUUUAAUUUUUUGACACAAGCAUUCACCAGUUUGCCUUGCGUGGGGUAUGACUACGCCAAGAUUGCGUUGUCUGAAAUCUUUAACCUGUCUCGCAGGCGUCCCUAUCCAUGGCCCCAGUGAACAUCUUCAGGCAAGGAGCUGACGAGGAGAAAGCUGAGACAGCCCGUCUGGUGAGCUGAGUGCUCUGUGAUGUUUACUUUAUGUUAUGUUAGUAUAUUAUACUACAUUAAUUGUUGCUAUUCUACUGUACCAUUCAUUUAUAACAAUGUUUUGUAAUGUUGUCACGAUACCAACAUUUUACUUAUGAUACGAUACCAGGCCAAGUAUCGCGAUACAACGGGGACAAAAUGUCAGUGGCCUAGUGCCCUCCCUUCCCUCCUACGCUUGUUCCCAUAUUCUAAACAUUCAUUAUGCACAUGUGCUACACAAAAAAACAUGUCACUGAUAUUCACACCUCUACUCAGUACGUCACGUAUAAUUUAACUUCACACUGUAUAAUAGAAUACUGCAUAGAAUGGCUAAUUUGCUCAUAUUUGCAAAGGCCUACCUGUGAUUUAGGUGGAGGAAUGGGAGGAAGGAAUAUACAUGCAUCAUGAUCUACAGGUCAUUGUGGCAGUAAGGGGACAACACUGCAUCAUGAUCUGCAGGUCAUUGUGGCAGUAAGGGGACAACACUGCAUCAUGAUCUGCAGGUCAUUGUGGCAGUAAGGGGACAACACUGCAUCAUGAUCUGCAGGUCAUUGUGGCAGUAAGGGGAUAACACUGCAUCAUGAUCUACAGGUCAUUGUGGCAGUAAGGGGACAACACUGCAUCAUGAUCUACAGGUCAUUGUGGCAGUAAGGGGACAACACUGCAUCAUGAUCUGCAGGUCAUUGUGGCAGUAAGGGGACAACACUGCAUCAUGAUCUGCAGGUCAUUGUGGCAGUAAGGGGACAACACUGCAUCAUGAUCUGCAGGUCAUUGUGGCAGUAAGGGGACAACACUGCAUCAUGAUCUGCAUGCAUAUAAGGAGAUAGCCAAUGUCUUGGAAGGUAAUGCUAUGCAUGUGAACAGAAGGAUUACUCCGACAUUGAUAAAAUAAUGAAGUCCAUGUUUCAAGAAAUCAUGAAAUGUGCUGCAUUUUUGUGUAACAUUCAUAUCAGUCACUUUAACCCUUUCAUCUAGAGCACAUACUGUGGGAUACACUAUUGACAGUGUCUUUUUAAAAAUGAAUUCACUUGGUAAAUACUAGGUAAUAAUUUGUACUAAAAAUAAAUACUCGUAAGUAGUGGUAGAUGGAAAGCAAUAGACAAUUGAGUCGGUUAUGUACCGACUCACAUAACUGAAUUACAGUUUUAGGACCAAGUAGUUAUUUCAUAAAAAAAUUCACUUUGACAGAAGUGUUAACAGUACAGUAUAUUUCCACACUAAUGACCAGCUUUUUAGCAACUAUCCAAAACCCUAUUUGAGUCCCUCCUCAAGACCAGAGUAGUUGUUAUCAUAGAGAAGCUGCAUGACGUCCCCAUCCUCUAACUGGAAUUAUAAACUGGGUGGGUUGAGCCCUGAAUGCUGAUUUUUCUGAAAGCCGGGUAUGACCCCAAAAAUAUUUUUGCUGUUCUAAUUACGUUGGUAACCAGUUUAUAAUAGCAUUAAGGCACCUCUGGGGGUUUUUGGUAUAUGGCCAAUAUACUACAGCUAAUUGCUGUAUCCAGGCACUCCGUGUUGUGUUUAAGAGAAGCCCUUAGCUGUGGGAUGUUGGCCAUAUACCACACCUCCUCGGGCCUUAUUGCUUAAAUAUGCCAUAUCAGUGGGACCACUGGAUGUCACAUGCACUAUAGAGGGUAAGCUUCACUGAAGAGGGAUACACAAAAUGAGAUGAUAAUAGGGAAGUCAUGAGCAAUACUUUGCAAGACAGUACAUUACAUUUAUCACAAAGAGUGGUUAUUAUCGUGCCUAAGUGAACUGAAGUAAAUGCUAAACAUAAGAUUUUUAACAAGAAUGGAAAAUCAGUUAUAUCAGCAAUCGCUUGUGUAUCCGGUUAAUUGCAGUGGAAUGUAAAUGGCGUUAUCUGUGAAUGUCGACGCUUUUAGCCUCUAUCAAAGCAGAUUGAGUCCAAAUGCAUGCCAGCACUGCUUGCACUACCAUGCCCACCACUUUGCUUGAAGACCAAGCACUCGUGUUAUAUUGCUCUUUGUUUGCGAAGGAUAUUUUCAUUUUAUUCAAGGAGAAGGAAUAUGAAAGGAUUUUAAACAUUCUUUUCACUUGGGUUAAAUAGCUGUUAUUCUUCGAGAAAUGUAUUUAAAAUAAAAUUUGUAGGCUUGAAAUUAUAUUUUUAGGGCAUGUCGAGUUGUACAAGCAUGCAGAUCUCACGUCGUUUUUUUCUUAGAUUGUAAGUUAAAAUCUAAUUUGAAUAUAAUGUAAUAUCACGUCUGGCACUAAGCAAACAAAUGCCAUGACUCUUUGAGAGUACAAUGCACAUUUGAAAAUAUCAUCAUGUGAGAAGGGUAUGUGCAGCCAGACACACCUUGGCUUAUCAUAGACCUACUGUCCAGUUAGCAGGUUGUUAGCUAGCUAGGUAACAUGACUGAACAACGUUGUUUGUUAAUCAAACCAAUAACUAGUGACCCGGGUUUAGUUUAAAAUGGCCUGCGACAUGGUUUGUGAAAUUAUAUAAAAUCUACACUUAACGCGCAGAAAGAUGAAAGGUAGCUCCGGUAAUAUGGGGGUCUCUUUUUUGUUUUUGUUUUUGUUGGGUCGUUUGAGUUGGAGACGAGCAGUUUUCUUUGCUGUAAAGCUGCAGCAUGCCUGUCACGAAACUGUGCUCUAUUUGUACUGUCUGGCACUGAGUCUGCGUGACAGCAAACUUUCAGAGCCUACUCAGACUGGCCUGUACUUCAUGAAAUGAUAUACAAUGUAUCAACUUUGCUUGCUCUGCACACUGAUCCACUGUAUCAAUAUAACAACGAAAGACUCAUUAGGGACUGCAUCCCUGCUCGCCAUCGAGGCUAAAUUAUAUUUUAAGUACUGAUGGAGGAAUGGAUGCGCAGGAAGAGCUGACGGAGAGAAGCAGGUGAGUGAUGCUUGGAAGGGGAUGCGGCUGGCUGACCACAGCUCCCACGCCUGAUGUGUGCGUGAAAGUGAACUGGACAUUGUUGGACCGGCACAUACAAGAGACUAGCGGCUGCUGCUUAAAAUAUUCAACUGACUUUAUUGACAUUUCAUAACAGGCGGCAGCUGUAGGGCGGAAAAAUGUUGUAUCAUAUGAAACAUAUUCUAAAAAUGUUGGUAUCGUAAGUAUGAUGUUUUGGUACCGUGGUACCUAAUAUGCCAUGCAACACUAAUGUUUUGUGUUUCCUCCAGUCCUCCUUCAUCGGUGCCAUCGCCAUUGGAGAUCUGGUGAAGAGUACCUUGGGACCAAAAGGAAUGGUAUGUGUCAACGGCAGACUUGCUGAGUGAUAUCAAUUAAUGAUUAAUACCAAAGUCCCAUUUACGAGCAAUUAUAAAAACGCUAGAAAAAUCAGGCCCUAAAUGCGUAGCACGACUUGAUAAACUCAACUAGACCAAAUGUAUCAUCUGCAUGGCUAAAACUCACAUUGACUGUCCACCUUGCAGGACAAGAUCCUUAUCGGAGGUGGCAGGGAGGGAACUGUCACAGUCACCAAUGAUGGGGCCACCAUCCUCAAAGCCAUCGGAGUGGACAACCCCGCUGCCAAAGUGUUGGUUGGUGAGUGUUGAUGUUCACCAGUUUAACUAUGUAGUUGGUUGGUGAGUGUUGAUGUUCACCAGUUUAACUAUGUAGUUGGUUGGUGAGUGUUGAUGUUCACCAGUUUAACUAUGUAGUGGGUUGGUGAGUGUUGAUGUUUAACUAUGUAGUUGGUUGGUGAGUGUUGAUGUUCACCAGUUUAACUAUGUAGUUGGUUGGUGAGUGUUGAUGUUCACCAGUUUAACUAUGUAGUUGGUUGGUGAGUGUUGAUGUUCACCAGUUUAACUAUGUAGUUGGUUGGUGAGUGUUGAUGUUCACCAGUUUAACUAUGUAGUUGGUUGGUGAGUGUUGAUGUUCACCAGUUUAACUAUGUAGUUGUAGAGAAAUACAUGAAAGGCCUGCACAUGGUAUAAUGCUGCUCCCCAAGGCAGUGCUAUGCUGUCUUUCUGGACACUGUUGUUGUCCUUUAGUCCUCCUGUCUUCCAGACAUGUCCAAGGCCGUCUCUGAUCCUUUAGUCCUCCUGUCUUCCAGCCAUGUCCAAGACCCUCUCUGAUCCUUUAGUCCUCCUGUCUUCCAGCCAUGUCCAAGACCCCCUCUGAUCCUUUAGUCCUCCUGUCUUCCAGCCAUGUCCAAGACCCUCUCUGAUCCGUUAGUCCUCCUGUCUUCCAGACAUGUCCAAGACCCUCUCUGAUCCUUUAGUCCUCCUGUCUUCCAGACAUGUCCAAGACCCUCUCUGAUCCUUUAGUCCUCCUGUCUUCCAGACAUGUCCAAGGCCCUCUCUGAUCCUUUAGUCCUCCUGUCUUCCAGACAUGUCCAAGACCCUCUCUGAUCCUUUAGUCCUCCUGUCUUCCAGACAUGUCCAAGACCCUCUCUGAUCCUUUAGUCCUCCUGUCUUCCAGACAUGUGCCAGACCCUCUCUGAUCCUUUAGUCCUCCUGUCUUCCAGCCAUGUCCAAGACCCUCUCUGAUCCUUUAGUCCUCCUGUCUUCCAGCCAUGUCCAAGACCCUCUCUGAUCCUUUAGUCCUCCUGUCUUCCAGACAUGUCCAAGACCCUCUCUGAUCCUUUAGUCCUCCUGUCUUCCAGCCAUGUCCAAGACCCUCUCUGAUCCUUUAGUCCUCCUCUGAUCCUUUAGUCCUCCUGUCUUCCAGACAUGUCCAAGACCCAGGAUGAUGAGGUUGGAGACGGCACAACCUCUGUCACAGUACUGGCUGCUGAGCUGCUCAGGGUAAGAGUGGAUGAUUACUUAACCACUUUAGCACAUCUAGCUAAUACUGUAUUUCACAUAGCUAUCUACUUGUGAAGUGAUUAACUCUUCGAAGUAAAACCAUUAUCACCACCAGCUAAAGUGCAUUGCUUUGGUAACUAUUCCUUUAGCUAUCAAUGCUCUAGUAAGAAAUGCUUGUUUCCCGUUUGCAAAACGUUUUUCUACGGUGUACCCAAAUGAAUACAACCCUGGUGUCUGUCUUUUAGGAAGCUGAGCUCCUCAUUGCCAAGAAGAUCCACCCCCAGAUCAUCAUCUCUGGCUGGAGGAAGGCAACCCAGGCAGCCCGGGAGGCCCUGAAGGAGGCUGCUGUGGACCAUGGGUAGGCCUACACUGAUGAAGCAUUUCUAGAAUAUAAUGGCAGGUUUAACUACGAGGUAACUAGCACAGAACUGAACUCGGCUAAUGUCAUGAGAUGUUAUGAGUUUUUAAUAAACUCUUACAUAGAAGCGUGAUUACCCAUCCAGAGCCAUAAAGAAAGACUUCACACAUCACUUUGCUAAGCUGUGAAAAUGACCAUCCCUCCCCCUUCUCAGUAACGACCAGGUGAAGUUCCAGGAGGACCUUCUGAACAUCUCCCGCACCACCCUGUCUUCCAAGCUGUUGACCCACCACAAGGACCACUUCGCCAAGCUGGCCGUGGAGGCUGUGCUCAGGCUGAAGAGCUCAGGCAACCUGGAAGCCAUCCACGUCAUCAAGAAGCUGGGGGGCAGCCUCAUCGACUCCUACCUGGACGAAGGUGAGACGACUGGGGGGGUGCUGAUGCGUGUUCUGCCUCUGACAGAAAACGGUAGUUGGUCUCAUCUGGGUCGUAUUCAUUAGGUACCAAACGGAAGAAAACUGACUGAAAACGGGGAGGUAUUACCUGAAGUUGACCAAUAAGAAACACAGUUUUUUUCCCCCACACGUUGCAAAACCUUUGCUACGGUGUGACCUAAUGAAUACGUCCAGAGAUCUCUAGUCUGACCCAGUGCUCUUGGAGGAUUGAGAAGGUUUAGCAGCUUCAUACUGUGCUGUUAUAACUGGUUAAUAACCUCCUAAAUCAACAUCGGGCCGAUGCAACAACUGGCUAUAUGAGACGGUCAUUACAGCUAAUGUUGCGUUUGUGCACAACUAGUGUACCGUAUGUACUAAUAUAUGUAUAUAUAUGUGUGUGUGUGUAUAUAUAUAUACACACACACACACACAUAUAUUAUUAUAUAUAUAUAUAUAUACACACACACACAUAUAUUAUUAUUAUUAUUAUUAUAUAUAUAUAUAUAUAUGUGUGUGUGUAUAUGUAUAUAUAUAUAUAUAUAUAUAUAUAUAUGUGUGUGUGUGUGUGUAAAAUAAACAAACCACUCUUGGUUAGAGGACAGAUUCUUCAAACAUCUACUCUGUAUGGUGUCUAAUGUAGCUUCAUGUGUUUCUUUGUUCUCUUUGUAGGAUUUCUGCUGGACAAGAAGAUUGGUGUGAAUCAGCCCAAGAGGCUAGAGAACGUUAACAUUCUCAUCUCCAACACUGGCAUGGACACUGAUAAGAUCAAGGUUGGUCUUGUUAUAUGCUUUUCUCUUGGGGUUACAGACGGUCAAUUCAGGAUCCAUUCAGGAAGUAAACUGAAACUCCCAUUUCCAAAUUUUUUCUCUUUUGAAAAGCAACAAGGAACAUUUUGAAUUUCGCCUUUUACAGAAUCAGAAUUAAAUCCGUCCCCCCGAUACUCUCACCUCCUUAUUAGCCUCUAAGAAGUGUCGUGGAAACGUAUGAAAAUUCCCGUCCCGUUUCUAACCAACCGGCUGUGUGAUCCGCUGUCAGAUCUUUGGCUCCAGAGUGCGUGUGGACUCCACGGCCAAGGUGGCGGAGAUCGAGGCGGCUGAGAAAGAGAAGAUGAAGGAGAAGGUGGAGCGGAUCCUCAAGCACGGAAUCAACUGCUUCAUCAACAGGUGCAAAUCACAUUUUUAUUUGUCACAUGUGCGUGUUUAGCAGAUGUUAUAGCGGGUGUAGCGAAAUGCUUGUGCUUCUAGCUCCGACAGUGCUGUAAUAUCGAACAAUUUCACAACAUGUACCCAAUAUACACAAAUCUAGGUAAGGAAUGGGAUUUAAGAAUAUAUACAUAUAUGGACAAGCAAUGACAGAGCGGCAUGGACUAAGAUACAGUAGAAUAGAAUACAGUAGAGAAUACACACUUAAUAAGUAGAAGUACACCCAUUCAACAAGGUGUUUCCAGCAUGCGUGGGUGAGUUGAGUCAUUUAGUAACCAAUAGUGAUGGAUCAACAGACAGCUGAUCUACAACUACCCAGAGCAGCUGUUUGCUGCAGCGGGUGUCAUGGCCAUAGAACACGCCGACUUCUCAGGAGUGGAGCGCCUGGCGCUCGUCACCGGGGGAGAGAUCACGUCUACCUUCGACCACCCUGAGCUGGUGAAGUUGGGCCACUGCAAGCUGAUAGAGGAGGUGAUGAUCGGAGAGGACACCCUCAUCCACUUCUCAGGAGUGGCCAUGGGUCAGUGAUGAUACAACAUUACAGGCUGAUUUAGAAAUGAUUUAUAGUAGGACAAUGGCUUGAUGGUCAGACUUUGUCUUCAUAGUGUUUUCUCUGAUUGCAAGUACUGACCAUGUUUCUUUUUUUCUCUUGGUUUCCCUCUCUUCCUUCCUCUCUUCCUUCCUUCCUUCCUUCCUUCCUUCCUUCCUUCCUUCCUUCCUUCCUUCCUUCCUUCCUUCCUUCCUUCCUCUCUUCCUUCCUUCCUUCCUUCCUUCCUCUCUUCCUUCCUUCCUUCCUUUCUUCCUCUCUUCCUUCCUUCCUUUCUCUUUUAUUGUUUUUCCUCUCCCAGGUGAGGCGUGUACGGUGGUGCUGCGAGGAGCCACACAGCAGAUCCUGGAUGAGGCUGAGAGAUCUCUCCAUGACGCCCUCUGUGUCCUGGCUCAGACCGUCAAGGAGACGCGCACCGUCUACGGAGGAGGUGAGGGGCUAUACACACUGCCCAUUUACGUGGAUACCGUGGGGGGGAAAUAGUCCCCCUGUACUGUCUGAACCCACUGUGAGAAUAACCAUGCUGCUGUCCCCUCCAGGCUGCUCUGAGAUGCUGAUGGCUAAGGUGGUGACAGACCUGGCCCUCAGGACACCAGGCAAAGAGGCUGUGGCCAUGGAGUCCUUCGCCAAAGCUCUUAGAAUGCUGCCCACCAUCAUCGCAGACAACGCCGGUUACGACAGUGCGGAUCUGGUGGCCCAGCUGAGAGCUGCUCACCAGGAGGGGAAGACCACCAUGGGUCUGAGUGAGUGCAGUCUACUAUAGCUGGACUCCUAGAUGUUUCAGACCUAGCUUUGGCCUGUGUCUCAUUCUCCUUCCUGUUUGUGACCUGUUACUUUUUUCUUCUUCCCAUCAUUUAUUUGAACGGGGGCCAGAUGAAUUAAAAACAGAUUUGAAUGCUCAAGUCGGAUGCAUGGCACCAUCACACUUAGGCUUAUGUCUCUGUCUGUUCUCUGUCCCUCAGAUAUGAACCAGGGCACCAUUGGUGACAUGUCAGAGAUGGGGGUGACCGAGAGCUUCCAGGUGAAGAGACAGGUUCUGCUGUCUGCUGCGGAGGCUGCAGAGAUGAUCCUCCGUGUCGACAACAUCAUCAAGUCCGCUCCCAGGUGAGGACAAACACCCUGCACGUAUCUUUUAUUGUUCCAGAUAUCCCACAAUCCUUGCAGUAGGUACAGUCCAAAUACCUGACUUAUACCUCCAUUCUUGGCAUGCACGCCGUCUCCCUGUUCACCUGUACUGUAUGUUAUGGAGGGGUAACAGGUCCAGUGUUUUCGCUGCCAGAAUGUUCCCUGUCUUCUGGUUCUAUCCUCAGUGGCUGGUUCAUUGUGAUAGGUCAAGUCUACAGCUAGCAGUCACUAGGGUAGAGAGUCAUUGUUAUCCCAAUCUGCUUUGCAGUAGGCUGUCAAAAAUACCACUUGCAAGUGCAGUUGUUCUCAUUUUGUAAGUUGAUCGUUCGAUUACCUCUCUGAAAUGGUGAGUAGGUUGUUUCAUCCCUUGAAAACAUUUGUCAUCCUCCUUUUACUGAUUCCUCCCCCUUUCCCCUUGCAGGAAGCGAGUACCAGACCACCACCCCUGUUAAUACCCCCAGGAGGAAGAGGAAGAGGAGGGUGAGGAAGAGGAGAGCGGGGUAGCAGGAGUUGCUGGUAGGGGAAGGGGAACAGAGAAGCCUGUAUUUAUGAUACUCCUGUCCAAGGCUACGUACCGUACGUCACUUCAAAAUAAAAAUCCUCAUCUUUUCUGUACCGUACCUCAAAAAUAAAAGCUUCAGUCUGGUUUUGGUUAGUGUAAAUCUAAACGCUCCUUUAGUCCGUUGGGGUGUAAUGCUGUUAUGAAGCACUGCAGAGGCUAGACCGUCAACAUACUUGAUGGCUCAUGCAUAUGGCAGUAUGGGCAUGUUUACUGAUAU